AUGCGGCUGUCGGCCCACGGAGCCAAGAACGUCCACCGAUUAUUGCUGAUGUUCCUCCUCGUGGACCAGGGAGUCAUGAGCGACUUCUUCCUCCUCAGCACUCAGGAAGGAAUCUUCGGACGCAUCCAGUCCAUCUCGCUCGGCUACAACUUGGCAGGUCUUAUGUCCAUGGUGUUUGAGAUGAUGGAGACGAUGAACUGGAUGAACGAGAAGCUGCGGUGUCAGGUAAAGCGACUGCUAUUCAACUACGAGACGGUCCUGAUUGGUGAGUUCAUCACUGCAGCAGUUCUGCAGCAAUACCUGAUAUCGCUGAGCCGAUCUCAACUCAAGGACACACAGCCGGCGGCAGAAGUGGUGUCAUACUAUUUAAUGGGGCCAGUCGGGCACAUCGUGCUUGCCUUGGGUUGUCUUACGAUCAUUGUGUUCACCAGAGCAAUUGGUGCUGUCGCAUUCGCAAGGUGGAGGUUCGGUACGAUUCAAGUGUUGGCGAAGACUUGCAGUGUGGACGCUGCAUUGGGAGCGCGCAGUAAGUUGGUGCUUUUGCACGGAUACGUCUGGGAGAAUGGCGAGCUGUACUACAGCCCGCGCUCGUUGAAAGCGCUCGGGGUCUUAAAGGCAGUCGAAGCUGACGGGAGGGAGUUGUUCGUGCACACGACGCUGCACUGGGUAUCGACUCCUCACAACAAUCUUACCGUACUGGGGACUGGGGAAGACAGAAGAGUAAAACCGACUACGGAAUGUCCAUGUUCUAGUAUCAUCACUUUCUUUGAUCGAGAGCUAGGCGGGAAUGCUGUGGACGCCGAAUGUUACAUUGGAGGCACCUUGCUCCCCCAAACAAAUGGCGAUGGCCGCUGGUGUUGCGGUAAACGUCAAAGCGAGCGGGUUUGCUGCUCACCAGAAGCCACAUCAGGACCAACACAAAUAAAGAUUCGAGUCCGUACUUUGUAG